AUGAAUACCAACCGCUACGCCACCAAGAAGACCCUGGCGCAGGGCUUGCUAGACGUGGCUCUACUCACGGCCAACACAUCGCAGCUCAAGAGCGUCAUUCAGCGGGGCCCGCAACACGAAUUUUAUACCCUUCUGCUGGUGCUGCUCAGCCUCUCCAUAGGGUUGCAGAUCAUGGUGGGCAUCGUGUUCCUGGUGCUGGGUUUCAUCAACGUCAACAACGAGAAUAACCACCGUCUCGCCGACAUACUCAACAACGUGGCCACCGCAGCCGUGUUCGGCGUCACGGUCGUCAACAUACUGUCGGCAUCCUUCGACAGCCCUGACUACGGCGUCGGCCUGGCACUGCAGCAGCCUCCCAAUGUGGUCAGGCCCCCGGCACCUAAAUAG